GCGAGUCUGCACAAUUUUCCCUACACUCUGUGAGAGGACAGAACCCUCUGGUUUCCUUUGUUGUGUUACUCAAGCCGAGUGAAUGAAGAUGCGGGCUCAGCGCUGUGUGUCCCCCGUUCAGGCCGUCAUGGGGGUGAUGGACGGCAAAGUGCACAAGGCGCCACCCAAGACCGAGGGCGCCGAAGUGCUCAUGUAUAUGGAGCGGCUGCAGCACCUGGUGCCGUUCUGCCCCAAAGAUCGACCUGUCACCAAGCUGGAGCUGAUUCAGUCUGUCAUCGACUACAUCUACGAUUUGGAGGACGCCCUCAGCUCCUGUGAGGAGGACUCGUCCUCUGAGGAGGAGAUGGAGUGCGUGGAGAGUUCCUGAGAAGGGACGUGGAGUUCGUCGCCUAAGGUCGCCAUGGCUCGAAAGGCGACGACGACGCGUCCAGAGACAGUCAGGGCGCCAGGGUAGUGAGGAACUGCUGACGGAGGGAUGUGACCAAGACGCUGACAUGAGGCGCUACUAAUUGCCUGUCGUCCCCUGAUAGGUGACCUGACCCCGCUCGCCUCCCACCACUGCCCCACACCGUCCACAUCUCCCACCAGCCCUAUAGGCAGCGUGAGCAUGAAGCUUCAACGCAGAGGACCAGCUGGCCUACAGAAGCUCGGCUGCAGCUCCUCGUGUCUCGUGUUAGUCCUCAACUCUACGGCUGACGCGCGCCAACUCUGGCCCAUGGUGGACUCUUAGCCAUGUGGAGUUGCUAGGGUCGCGGCCCUGGCAGCAUGGACACCUCAGCAUCGGGGCACCAGGGAGCUACAACUUUGGGUGUGGGCAUCGCUGGGGAGGGGCGGGGCGCAGAGUCUCCUGCAGUUCUCCGCCACCGUAGCACCGCCCUUUGCAGUCUCGUGACUUCGAGACUUAUGUUCUUAUACAUACAUAAAGUAUACGUUUUUAUGAAAAUAAACAUCUUUUGUAUA